GCCAACUGUGUCUGCGCACCACUCCCACUGCUCGUUUGUCUGUUUUGUCUCUUCUGCACCACCUCCACGCCACAUACGCAUCGAACAUUAGCACUGCCGUAUCAGAUUCAGGUCUCACUCUCACAGCACAACACACGCACGCACAUACUCUCGUUCCGCCAUCAUCAGAAACAACACAGUCUCGCCGUCUGGUCUGUCCUGCACGCGCCUACAUACACCUACCACCACACCCACACACUCAUAUCAUCCACACCGAGCCGCAAUUCCAACUCACCAUUCGCUUGUCACCACAUGCGGUCGACGUAGACCUCGCUCCUAGCCGCCUCACUCGCCCUCUCCGCCCUCUACUCCGCCCCGGCGUGGCCGUGUGCCCGGCCUACUGCUUGCCAUGGACCGGCACAAUCCCCCUCGCAUUCAAGUGCAUUCGAGCAACGAUGCACUCCUCGACCUCGGACAGCCCGCUGGCGCAGCCUCACGACCUCAGCUGACUCCACGGCAGCCCUCUUCGCGAUCGCUCACACAACCUGGCCGGCCAGGGACCACACAAACCCUACGCAAUGCCGCCAGUGGCAACUCCCUGUACUCUUCAGCCGCGCCCGCGGAGUCGUCUGAGCUACUGCUGCCACCGCGCAAAACUCAGAUGCGAAGGUUCCGAGAUGAGGACAGUCCUAUGCGUUCGCCCUCAGAAAACGGCUUCAAUUCAAGGAGAACUUCUUGGUCGUCGGAAAGCGCAGGGAGCAGGGACAGCAGAUAUGGCGGGCCUUUCGUAUCGCCGUUUGACGACUCAAGAGCACCGUCCAGAGCAGGAAGCGAUGAUGGAGUCACCACACAGACGGUCAGCGAAAAAUUUAAUAUUCUGCCAGGAGCAGGUCUCCUGUUGUUUCCAGAAGAUGUGGAGAAGGAUGACUACUUGCACAACCCAGAUCCGAACGACAAGGAUGGCAGGCUAGUGUGCGCCGAUUUGUUUAGCAAGAGAGGGUUCGUAAAUGUCGGGGGCCUAGCGUUGAUUACCAUCGGAAUUCUGAUUCUGUUCAUCGGCUAUCCUAUAUUAACUUUUGUUCAAAGCAAGAUUGAUCCAAGCAACGGCGCUUGCUCGAGAGACCCAGAUUGUAUCUCUGACCAGCGGCCUCUGCUAUCGAAUCUGCGCCAGAGUGUGAUUGACCCGGACACUCCAGAUUCCGUCAAAACGCGCAAGGGAGACAAUGGCAAGCAACAAACACUCGUCUUCAGCGAUGAGUUCAACAAGCCUGGCCGAACCUUUUACGACGAGGAUGAUCCCUAUUUUCAAGCUAUGGACUUCUGGUACGGAGUCACCAUGGACCUGGAAUGGUAUGAUCCGGAUGCCGUCACGACGGAAGGCGGCACGCUGAAUCUCAAGUUCGACGCCUUCCAAAACCACAAUCUCAAUUACAGAUCUGGCAUGAUUCAGUCCUGGAAUAAACUAUGCUUCAAAGGCGGGUACCUGGAAGCAUCCAUAUCGCUACCCGGCCGUGGUGACACGAUUGGGUUUUGGCCAGGCUUCUGGUCUAUGGGCAAUCUUGGUCGACCUGGCUUUGCUGCAACGACUGACGGCAUGUGGCCAUACAGCUACCAUGAUAAGUGCGACGUCGGUAUCACACCAAAUCAGUCUGACCCGGAUGGAUUGAGUUAUCUUCCCGGCAUGAGGCUUCCAGCGUGUACUUGCAAUGGUGAGGAUCAUCCUUCGCCUGGAAUCAGCCGGAGUGCUCCAGAAAUCGAUGCCAUUGAAGCCUCUGUCGAAUACCUUCAGCCUCCGCUGGGUGCCGCCGUCGGCUCUGCAUCUCAAUCGUUUCAAGUCGCACCCUUUGAUGUUUUCUGGCAGCCCCAAGCUGAUUGGAUGGAGAUUUACGAUUACUCUGUCACGGAAGCGAACGCAUAUCAGGGAGGUCAAUUUCAAGAGGCCGUUUCUGCACUCUCUACUCUGAACAACGAUUGGUAUGACGGCAAAGCCUAUCAAACCUACGCGUUCGAGUACGAACCUGGUGCAGGUGGUUACAUUACGUGGUACAUCGGUGAUGAGCCGACUUGGAAGAUGGAAGGCAAUGCCAUCGGGCCAAAUGGCAACAUUGGCCAGCGCGUGGUGCCACAGGAGCCCAUGACUAUCAUUGCCAAUUUCGGAAUGAGUAACAGUUUCUCAGCCGUCAACCUCACAGGACUGGCCAAGUUGUUUCCUGCCACCAUGAGGAUUGACUACAUACGGAUUUAUCAACAGGAAGGCGAUGAAUUGACGUGCGAUCCGAUCGGAUACCCAACGACAGAUUAUAUCAAGAACCACCCAGAACCUUACGCGAAUAUCAACUUGACGCACUGGGAGCAAGCGGAUUAUUCCUUCCCCCAAAACUCGUUUAUGCAUGGUUGCUCGUCGGACAGCAAACCCAAAGGCAAGAAGUCAAAGAGGUCGUCAGGAACGCCUGCCGGCGAAUGGUGGAGAAGCUGGUUCUGGAGCUAGACUACCAUGACAGGAUCGAAGCCGUUGCGACCAUGCCUCUAAGCACUUGACGACUUUAGGCCGCUGGGCAACUUGAUUCGCACGCAUUGCAUUUGCCGGAAGUACAGCAACGCAUUCAAUGCCAGUGGUCAACUAAUAUAUUAUGGAUUCGAAGCAUCAAUAGCGAACGACAUGUCUCUAUGAGCACGGCCCGAGCAACGCCGUGCCCGACAUGCGAGGAGGACCACACAAUGACCCCAGCGGGUCCAAUUGUAUAAUUUCGCAUCGAUCAUGGCUUUCUCUGCGAUGUCCUAUAGAUGUCACCACCAUCACCACCACCACCACCACCACCACUACUACUACUAUGUACGCACAGCCUGGACGUUUCGCGCAUCGCAUUGGAGUUUGUUUUAGGCACGGGAGGACAUUGGAUGAAUUGGACAAUGAAACCCGGGUACAAGGGAAAGAAGGCCCUUUGGAAGCAGAGCAUUUCCACAGCGGGCUCAGAUCGCGUGCGAUUUUGGAAAGAAAAGAAGAAAGAAAAAGACAUGUUGCCCAAGAUUGGCGACAUCCAACCAGAUACUGUAGUUUUCAUGAUACGAUGCGGCGUGAUGGCUUCGCGAUGGCUGUAGAGAAAAGAGAGAUAGGAACAGGAAGAGAAAGAUACAGAAAGAGAGAUAGACGAGGAGUCAAAGAGUGAAAUCAAGCACAGUCUCCAUUGCCCAUGGUUUGCAGAGCCAGCUGUCAAUUUUCGGUCCUUAGCAAUAUGUAUGGG